GAUUGUCUAAACAAGGCACAGCCCCCAGAUUUCUAGCAAUAAACAAUCAAAUUUGGCUUGCGUUAAGUAAUGUCCUUAUAAUCAUCCCUAUGGUAAAAGCGUGAACUUUCGCUAACACCAGUACAGAAGAUGAAAAGAUCAUGUAACAAUGCAGAGUUUUUAAAUCUGUCACAUAAGCGAGUUGACCACCUAGAGUCCCUGAGCUCACAACCACCAAGAUUCUAGCUCCGGUUUCCCGUCAGUAGACGGAGGCAGCCAAUUGGGCAGUCUGGGUGCCGUGCAUCCUGGGAGUCGUAGUUUCCGGCUCCCUCCUUCAGACUACAGGCUCCACAGAGCCGCUGGAGGACGGUUGCCUGGUAUUAUUAGCAAGCGGCAAGUAUGGCGGUGGCGCGCGUGGAAGCGGCUUUGCCUUCCGGAGAAGGAUCAGUUGUCAAUUGGUCAGGGCAAGGACUACAGAAAUUAGGUCCAAAUUUACCCUGUGAAGCUGACAUUCACACCUUGAUUCUGGAUAAAAAUCAGAUUAUUAAAUUGGAAAAUCUGGAGAAAUGCAAACGAUUAAUACAGUUGUCAGUGGCUAAUAAUCGGCUGGUGCGGAUGAUGGGUGUGGCCAAACUGACUCAGCUCCGUGUUUUAAAUUUGCCUCAUAAUAGCAUUGGCUAUGUGGAAGGGCUAAAGGAACUAGUACAUUUGGAAUGGCUGAAUUUGGCAGGAAAUAAUCUCAAGGCCAUGGAACAAAUUAAUAGCUGCACAUCUCUACAGCAUCUCGAUUUAUCAGAUAAUAACAUACACCAGAUAGGUGAUCUAUCUAAAUUGGUAUCCCUGAAGACCCUGCUUUUACAUGGGAACAUCAUCACUGCCCUUAGAAUGGCACCCACUUAUCUACCCAGAAGUCUGGCUAUACUUUCUUUGGCAGAAAAUGAAGUCCGGGAUUUGAACGAGAUCUCAUUUUUGGCGUCCUUAACUGAAUUAGAACAGUUGUCGAUCAUGAACAAUCCUUGUGUGAUGGCAACACCUUCCAUUCCAGGGUUUGAUUAUCGGCCAUACAUCGUCAGCUGGUGCUUAAACCUCAGAGUCCUAGAUGGAUAUAUAAUUUCUCAGAAGGAAAGUUUGAAAGCUGAAUGGCUCUAUAGUCAAGGCAAAGGGAGAGCAUAUCGGCCAGGGCAGCAUAUUCAGCUUGUCCAGUAUCUGGCUACAGUCUGUCCUCUCACUUCUACACUGGGUCUGCAAACUGCAGAGGAUGCCAAACUAGAGAAGAUUCUGAGCAAGCAGAGGUUUCAUCAGAGACAGUUGAUGAACCAAAGCCAAAAUGAAGAGUUGUCUUCACUUGCUCAUGUUGAAACAAGGGCAAACCUUGUACCUGAGCAUUCAAGUCCUGUUCAGGAUUGCCAAUUAGUCCAGGAAAGCGAACCCUUCAUCCAAGUCAAUUCUUGGGUUGGGAUAAGCAAUAAUGACGACCAAUUGUAUGCUGUUAAGAAUAACUUCCCACCUUCUGUGCAUACUGCAAGAUAUUCUCGAAAUGACCUACACCUUGAAGACAUACAGACUGAUGAGGACAAAUUAAACUGUAGCCUUCUCUCUUCAGAAUCUACUUUUAUGCCAAUUACUUCAGGACUAUCUCCAGUCUCUCCUACAGUUGAGCUGAAGUUACAGGGCAUUAACUUGUGCCUAGAAGAUGAUGAUGUUACAGAUGAAUCUAUGAUACGACUGGAAAACCAGAACUUGGAUAAGGAAGAGGAAAAGUCUUUAUGGGCUGCAAAUGAGAAUUGUGUUCAACCGAUAAAAAAUGAGAUGAGUAAAGAGGUAAAUGAGAAAAGUAGGCUGUUACCUUGUUCUGAGCCAACACUAGUCAGUGCUGUCCUAAAGGAUGAUAACCAUAAUCUUACAUCUUCUCCUGAGUCAGUUGGACACAUCUCUCAUAUACAGCCAGACAGUGAAGAAACUAUGUCUCAAACAGCUUCAGAAAAAGUUCCCUGCAGGGUUUUAACCCAGAGAUCUGUUGCUUUGGGAGAAGAUAAAAUUGCACUUCAGAAGUUGAAUGAGGCAGCCACUAAGCUUCAGGCCUGUUGGCGGGGCUUUUAUGCCAGGAACUACAACCCUCAAGCCAAAGAUGUGCGCUAUGAAAUCCGGCUGCGCAGAAUGCAGGAGCACAUUGUCUGCUUAACUGAUGAAAUAAGGAGAUUAAGAAAAGAAAGAGAUGAAGAACAUAUUAAAAAAAUUGUACAAGAAGAGGCUGUCAGAUUCCUUUGGAACCAGGUAAGGUCUCUACAAGCUUGGCAACAGACAGUGGACCAGCAUCUGAGUUCUUGGCAUAUGGAUGCUCCUCCAGUAUCAAGUACUCUGGUGCCAUCUACACCUCCAUUAUUCACGCAAAGGCAGGAGCCCUCUUCUGAUCAAAAUUCUGAUUAUUGCAUUGCUCCUGAUGAAGUUCCACAAGAGAAAUCUUUACCAGAAUUUCCAGACUCUGGUUUUCAUUCCUCCCUAACAGAACAAGUUCACUGUUUACAGAAUUCUUUGGAUGUUGAAAAAAGUUCCACAGAAGGCAGUGAAAGUUCCAUAAUGGAAAAUCCCAUUGACACAGUCAAAUAUGGCAAGGAAGCAGAUGCAGGGAAUGUUAGUGAGGAGCACGGUGAAUGGAGUAAGGAGAGCUCAAACAAUGAGCAGGAUAAUAGUCUGCUUGAAGAGUAUUUGACUUCAGUUCAGCAGCUGGAAGAUGCCGAUGAGAGGACAAAUUUUGAUGAAGACACAAGAGACAGUAAGCUUCACAUCACUUGUUCUCUGGAAAAGUUGGAUGCCUUGUCUGAUAGUGCUUCUGUAGAUGAGGCUCGUCGACUAUCUCCUACUUUGCAAGAUGAAGUCAAUCAGAGACCAGAGAAUUGCAAAUUAAAUACAGAAGUUCAAGGGCAGCAACCAGAAUGUGAUUCUGCAUUUCAGGUAUUGCAUGUUGGUGUUACUGUAUAGCAUGUCUGGUCUCUUGGAUCACAAAAAUUCCCUUUUUUUUUUUUGGAAGGGGAGAACUUCUCCCAGUUUUGUUACUAUUUAUAUAGAAUUUGUAUUCUUGUCCUGUAUUUUCCAGAUUCUAUAUAAUGAGCUGAGUCUUCAUUUUGAUUUUGUUAGCUUUUUACUUGGCUGUAAUAUACCAAACAAUAUUUAUAUUUAAAUCUAUAUGCACUUUACUUCUUAUCAGUUAUAUCAAUAAUAUUUCUAUUUCAUGUACUCAUUUCCUUUCAAGAAUAAACUCAAUUAUUUUAAAGAGAACAGAAAAUUUUACCUUACAGGUACAAGUAAGAGGAUUUUUUUUUUCUGUAUCUAAGGGGAUUAAUUACAUUGCAAGAAUGCAUUUAUUAAAGUUAGUAUAAAUAACCAAUAGGAAAAUUGUGAACUGUUGAAAUUUGCCAGUUUCCUUGCCUUUUUCUUCCCUUCUGAGUGAAAGCAAGCAUUAUAACCAAAUUUAGAAAGGAAGCUAUGAUUAUAGGUUUCCUCAGUGGGGAUGAUUAAAUUGUCUCGUAGAAAACCUUAAUGUUGUACAUCAGUUUUAACAUAUAAAGUAAAAUGUUCCAUCCAGGAUUAAGAUCAAGCUUACUUAGGCAACCCAUGCGCAUUUCUCUUUGAUAAGCAGUUACUAGGUUGCAUUAACUUGGAAUAAUCUCAUGGUAAACAUUUUUCUUUUCAUUAAAUCCUUUUUUCCCUACAGUUAAGCAUUGUGUGCCAAUAUAUUGUCAGAAAUUAACACAAGUUCAUCUUCUGUGUUCCUGCUUAUAUUAUAUAUAUUUUAGCAAAAGGUUCACUUCACUUUUGACCUGUGCCUCACAGUGGGAAACUUUUAAAAUAAUGCAAGUAGUAGAAUAUGAAUGACUUUGUUUAAAGAAUUAUUUUCUAUCUAAUCUGAAAUAGUGCCACAUUUGAAAGACAAUUUAACUGUGCUUAAAGAAAAUAAACCUCACUUUGCUUGUUAAAAAGAAUGUAUAACUUCAGGAAGAAAUAAAUUGUGUUUGGAUGUUAUAGGUAAAAGGUGUUUGUAAAUCAAAGGUAAUUUUUGCAAGUUGGCAUUUUGAUCUUUGAGAAUGUUAUAAUAUCAUUGAAUAACACAACCUGAUUUCCUCCAACCUAUGACAUACAACUAUUUAAACCUGUAGCAAUACUUAAGUGUUCUCUAAAUGUAGGUGCUAAAUACUGAUUUAUUAUUAUGUUAAAGUCAUUAGAUCCCUUUCUGUGAAGUCAUAAACAUAAAAACUUCUGAUCCUUCAAGAAUGAAGUUGAGGAUCAUGUGGUACACUUUAGUAGUUAUAAACCUUUCUCCAGUACGGUAAGAUGUAUUUUUCUUGGUUUAUAAAUAUGUAGCACUCAGGUUGAGAAGACUUGGAUUUCUUUCUCAGAAAUCUAGAAUUCCUUGAAAAGGAAAUGUUUUCUUUCUCUUAUAAACAAAACAACAGUCUUACCUUCAAAAGUAUUUUCCCUAGUGAAGCAUGUGUAACACUGAAUGCAUGUUAUAUAAAAACUGAAUUUUUUACUUUUUGAAUAAUGCUAAUAUCUUUUAUUAAUGAUUUUGAAUAUACCCUAUUUUUCUAUUUUACAGUUAAGUGCCUCAUUUGCUGCCCAUAGUUAGACAAAGGAAAACCAAUUUGCACUGCACUAGUAUCAAAAUACUGCUUCAUAAUCCUUGAUUUUUCAUGAAAAUUGCUGAAAUGUCUGGUUCAGUAUUACCUAAGUAAGUUUCUGCUAACAUCCUCACCUUCCUCUCUUUAAAGAAAUGACAAAACAUAACUAAAUUCAUUUGAUCAUCAAUGUUUAUCAGGAUUUCCUUUUACCUUUACCUUAUUUUUCUAACCCAUUAAUAUUCAGCAUACUUUCAUUAAAAUUUGGCAGCAUAUGAAGGAAUUACUAAAAUUCUGCUCCUCAUCUAUGUUUUGUUUAACUUUUACUAGUGUUUCAAAGUGCAAGAAUAUUAAAUAACCCCCCUCUUAACUGUGUAGAUUAUCUUGAAUGUAGAUAGAAUGAAAAUAAUGUAAAUCUUUGCAGGAAAACUGUGGCAUAGAUUAAUAUAUUUUGAUGCGUUUACAAUGUAACUUCAAAGUAAUUUAUGUAACUAGGAUAUUUGGUUUUAACUUUAUGGGCUGCUCAUUCCUCUGGAUGAAGAGGGAAUGGUCUAGUAAGAUUUAGGAAGCUGAGUUUUGAACACGGUCUUUGUGUUUUCUAACAGGGAGAAGUUUAGUUUAGCUGUGCUGUUUUAAUUCACCUCUGUUCUCUUGAUUUAUGGAAGAUUCAAUUUAUCAAUUAGAAAUUCAUGCAGAAGCACAAAAUCAUGUGAGAAUGGAAGGAACUUUAGAGAAUAUUUAAUCUGGUUGUUUUAACGAUGAAGCCAAAAUAUAGAAAAGUUAAUUGAUUUGUCUAAGGUUAUCAGUAGUAGUAGUAAAUAGGCUAUGAAGACUUGUUACUAUAUUCUAAAAUUUUAUUGUGCCCUCUCUACCAAUCUUUACAGUUAGUGAAUCAGUGAGGAAGUCCCUGCAUAUUUUUCAUUCUCUUCGAAAGAAGAUAUUCCUCUAAGAGAGCUACAGCUCUACCACUCCAGGUAGAGGUGCUUAUCAAAAACAAUUUUUUCAGAACCCUACGUGCAUCUUUUCAAGAAAUGAGAGUUUAUUAAAAUGGCUUUAAACACAAACAGUAGUAAUCAGAACUGUAGAGUAGAAUCACUGCAUCUUAGAAUUCACUUACUUGAUGACAGGCAGUAUGACAGACUGCUGAGACAUGUAAAGCUUUCUAGUGAGAUUCUGAGUUGGAUUAUAUUUUAUCUUCCAUUUUAUAAAACAGCAGGUAAAGGUUUAACUCUCCUGGUGUGCAGAAAGCUCUAACCAUGAUAACGGAUAAUAUAUAAUUUAGUUUAGUUUUAUAAGUUUAAUUAUAAAAGACCUCACAAUAUGCAUGGUUUAGCUGCACUGUUAUUUGUAUAUAUGUAAAUAGUUUUAUUCUUGAAUAAUGUGGGUGCCAUUCUUGAAUGUGUGCUUUUAUUUGUUUUGGAUUAUUUUAAACAUAACACACCAUAAUUUAUUUUCCUUUUAUCCAAUUAAUAUAAGUCUAGUUCUACUUUCAAUAAAUAUUUUCAGGAAAAUGCAGGCUUAAGAUGUUAUAUUGUCUCCAUUUGUACUUUUUUCCUUCAAAAAUCUUAGAGUUGGUUUUAUAACAAUAAUAUAAAAUUAACCUUUCCUCCCUCCCCCCAGAUAAUUAAAACACAGGAAAAAGAAAAAAAUGGAAUGAUCUGAUAAAUUCCCCAUUCAUAAUUAGGAAAAGAGACUUAAUGUUUAAUAAAUAUUUUUAUUUUGCCACAUUCUUUAUUAAAUUUAUCACACUGCAAUAUUAAAAAUUUUAAUCUGAUACCUUCAUUCAUGAAGUGAAGCAGAAAUAGUCUAUAAAGAAUACUGUAACAUUUUUGGUGAUAUUGCUUUCACUGAUUAAGCCUAAUGUGCCAUAUAAAAAUUAAAAGUCAAGUAAACAGAACAAUCCACACAGCCUUGGAGAGAAGUAAUUAUCUUAAAAAUGAAGUGUUUCUUAUCUGUGAAUGAAAAUCACACUAAAUCUUAAUUCCUUUAUUGAUUUUAGUGACUAGCAGGAGUUGCUCUAUGGUAUCUUUGUUCAUUUUUGAAUUAAAUUUAUUUGAGUGUUUUGUAAUAGUUUUAAUACUGACAAUAAAAAUUGAAAAAUAAUUUACAUUUCAAGUUUUUCUUUAAUUUUGUUGUAGGGAUGUAGAUAAUUUAAAGUGGCUAUGGUGUGUUUUAUGAAGGCUUAAUAUUUUAUAUUAUACUUAUUUAAUUUGUAUUUGAGUCUCUAAUUUUAAAUAAAAGGUUUAUACAUUUGCGUGCUCCACCUGUUUAUUUUAGUGAUUAUUAGUAAUGCUUGUUAUUCAUUGUUCUUGCGGUUAACAGGUAGAUAAGAAUAAAUUGCAAGCAAAACUGUU